AUGUCUGAUCAUACACUAAUUGCCACUGCAAAACGGAGGUUCAAAAACAUACGUUUACAGGAAGAGUAUGAUACUCAUGAUUCAGAGGAACUUUAUAAGAGGUCAAAAAUUGUAGAAAUAGUUGCUGCUCAUGGUAUAGUCUUUGCUCUUGCAGAAUCUGGAAUCUGUGCUGCAUUCAGUCGAGAGACAAAUAAAAGGAUAUGCUUUCUGAAUAUCAGACAUGAUGAACUUAUACGAAACUUGUUUUACAAUAAGAAUGAUAAUUCCGUCAUUUCUGUUUCAGUCUAUGAUUCAGACAAGAUUAAAACCUUGAAGUUUAGAACAACCCCGAUUGAAUACAUAAGGAGGGGUAUGCCAGAUGCAGGUUAUGCUCUUUUCGAGUCCGAGUAUAUAGAUUCGUCUGGAUUUGUGGAGUUUGACGACGUGAAUGCAAAAGUUCUUAUUUUCUCAGCACAAGAUAGAAUUUACAAGGUGUUCAAUUUGAAAAAUUAUAUGAUGUUAUACUCCAUAUCAGAUGAGAACAUUGAAGAAAUCAAACUAAGCACUGGGAUCAUGUUGCUGGUAUAUAAUAAAGUAAGUGUUCAUGUCACUUAUGUCCCUCUAAAGAUCCUCUCGAUUGAAGACGGAACUGUUUUGAGAACUUUCGACUAUGUUCUCUGUCAAAGUAAGGUGGAUUUCAUUGAACUGUUUCAUGAAAAUAUUCUUAUCAAGCAAGAGAAUGAGAAUCUUCAUAUUUUUGAUGCACGCAAUUCCGAGCUAACAGAAGUUAAUAGGACAGAAUUUGCGACACCGUCGGCCUUUCUCUAUCUGCAUGACAGCCAAUUAUUCGUGACGCUUGGACAGAAAAAAGUGGCGGUCUGGAACCUCUAUGGCGACCUUGUGACUUCUUAUGAAAGUCAUUAUUUGUUCGACAUUAACAACAUGUACAUCACAAAUGCUCAGGAUUUAAUCAUUUCCUAUUGCAAAGCUGAUUCUGUAACCGGAGGAAAUGGCUUGAUCAAGAUCAUCAAUGUUGCAACAGGAGACUGCGUAGCUAAAGUGAAGGCAAUGAAUGAUGCAGAAGCCAUGGAGGCGCUGGAAGACAUCACUGCCCUUUUCUAUGAUGAAGAGCAUAACGAGAUCUAUACUGGUAAUAUCCAUGGUCUAGUCCAUGUGUGGUCUAACUAAGACGGUGUUUGAUUCGUAAGUGGGUUCUUAGGUAUGGGUUUGGGUAUAUUUCAUUUAAAUGUUAAUCCUGUGAAGUUUAUGUUAUGUUUUAUAGAGAUUUUUAGUUCUCUUGGCCCAUGACCCCCAUAAGUAGUGUAUUAUGCUGAUCAAUGUCAUUAAAAACUUGUUUAGUAAAUUUUAUGUUAAGCAUUUUUGGAGGUUUUUGUUU